AUGGUUUCGAGAUCAACUUUAGAGGAGAAGGUUUUUUACUAUAUCAAAUUGAUUAAAUUAUAGAGGUUAUUAAUUGAAUAGAAAAUGCUGAAAAAUUUGAUGAAUUAUAUGAAAAAGUAUUCAUUCACACUUAUAUUAAUUAAGGCUUAACUAAUAUCAAAAAUAAGAGAUGACUUAUUAAUCUUUUAUUAAAGAUUCUAGGAUAUUUUUAUAGUGGUUUCAGGAAGAGAUUUUGUAAUUCUCUAACAAGAGACACAGAGAUUGAAAUAAAUUAUGGGUGGUAGGAAAAUCUAUUUGAUUAACAUCAAAACCAACUGUUAAAGGAAAAGUUUGAGUUUAAUUAAAGUUAGGAGGUUGGUUAUUAGAAAAAAAAGAAGGAGUAGUUAUUAAACUAAGUGUAAGGGAACAUCAGUUAUUUAUAUGAUCUAAAAGGUAAUUUGCCAUCAAAGGCUGGAAAUUUUGCAGCUAGUGUUCAAGAUUAAGUUAUAGAAAGGCUAAAAAUUUAUGGAAAAAAAUGA